GGCGGGGAGGCGGGCGCGCACCUGCCGCCGCGCGGGGGCGGGAGCCAGGUGGCCUCGGUGCCCGCCUCGUCGGGCACCCUGCAGGAAGUGGCUCCGGCGCGGCCCAGGCGCGGCCUCGGCGGGGCGCGCCUCCUCCCGGGGCGUCGCGGGCCAGCCGGAGCCGGAGCCCGAGCGCCGGGAACGGACCUCAUGGCCGCGCGGGCGCCCGAGGGUCCGGGGGACACCGCUUCUGCCGCCCUGGACGAGCUGUCGCGGAACUUCACGUACGGGGCGCUCGGCGUCGGCAACGGCUCCCUGUCGGGCGCGUGGUACCGCAGGAACCAGAUUCACCUUUUUGGAGUUUUGCUGGCCAUUUUAGGAAACUUGGUAAUCAGCAUUUCCCUAAAUAUUCAGAAAUAUUCUCAUCUGCGUCUCGUCCACCAAGAGCACCAGAGGCCAUUCUUCAGGAGUGUGUUGUGGUGGGGUGGGAUCCUACUGAUGGCUGUAGGAGAGACUGGAAACUUUGCAGCCUAUGGAUUUGCCCCCAUUACUCUCAUCGCUCCAUUAAGCUGUAUGUCUGUUACAGCCUCAUUGACUGUUAUUUCAGGAAAAGCCGUCUCAGGCAUGAUCACGUUUUCUGUGACGGAUAAAAUGCAACUAACUUAUCCCAUCUUCUAUAUCAUGUUUAUCGUCAUGAUAGCAUCUUGUGUUUUCCAAGUCAAGUUCCUGAAUCAAGCCACGAAACUCUACAAUACAACGACGGUGGUGCCAGUGAACCACAUAUUCUUUACAACCAGUGCCAUUAUUGCAGAACAACAGAAGAAAGAAAUGGGAGAGGAGACUGGCAAUGAGAAUGGAGCUGAGGUAGCACGUCACUGCUACAGUGUCCUCCAGCGCCUGAGGGAGCGUGUGGCCACACCAGCAGACCACAGGGCCUUGCCAAGAGUAACAGCACGGACAACAGCUGGCCUGAAGUGCACAUGCUAUGUCAGAAGCCCCAGGGUCCGCCCAGCCUCUCAGGUAUCAUAUUUUAUCAGGAAUUCCUUGGAGCAGCUUUUCUCACUGUAUUUAUCUAUCUUUUUGGGUGUUUUCUGUCAUUCCUUGGUGUGUUUUUGGUCACAAGAAGUCGAGAAAAGAAACAUCUGCCACAGUCGUACAUUGAUUUUGGAAAUAUUCCUGGGAAACAAAUGUUGGACAAAAUACAACCAGAUUCAGAUGGCUUAUCCUAUGGAACUUUGCCUAAUGGGAGUGACUCAACAAAGAACCAAAGUGGAGAGAAGAAAGAGGUCUAGAAUGCCAGAGGGAUGGCUGUUGGCCUGCUACUCGGACCACCUUUGUAAAAGAUUGCACGUGUUCAGUUUGUGUCAGCAGCUAUUUUACACUGACAUGUGCUAGCAUUAGUCAGUCCUUUACCCCAACCCCCUUCCUGUGGACAAUCAGAGCCUUCUUAGGCUUUGACAGACUAAUAUUUUCGUGGAAUGUAAUGUGAAGUGUUCCCUGCACCCUGGACCUCUCCCCAGUGAUCGUCUAACCAUCUAGGUCUUCAUUAGAGCCUGGCAAGCCAAGCAGGAAUGUCACACAAAAAUGUGCAUUCACGAUUUGGCUGCAGAACACAUAGGCUGCUUUCCCCACACAGCUUAUAGUGUCAGUUGCUUUGAUUUAAAGAAACACUUCACCCUACAACCCCACUCCUGAACCAAGGGUUUGAGAACAUUCAUUUUUCCUAAGACAUCUUUUAUGAGCCUCCCAUAAAGAUCUCACGUUUCUGUUCCUGAAUUAGAAUGGUGAAUCACCUUUUCUGAGAACUAGCCCUCUAACAACCAUAUUUUGAAAAUUGAGGGUGUCUUUAAAAUUAGUACUUGUAAGUGGCAGUCUGUGAUGGCGCAUACCAAAACUAAAGGCCCUUGGCUAGUGAACUUUGUAAGAUUGAGAAAGGAAAAAAUUAAGAAGUAGGACCAGUUUUUUAAAAUAAAAAUAUAGAAUGAUGACAUCUUAUUCAGCUGUAUGGUCCUAUUAUACUUAACUUGAAAUUGGAAACUGCAUAUCCUACUGCCUGGAUUUGUUUAGCGCUUAUAAUUUAUCAAGUGGGUUUAUAUGUUUUAACUCUCAACACAAGUCUCAAAAAUUGUGUUUAUAUUCUUAGUGACAUUUUCACUAACACACUAUUUCUUCUCCAAGUCAUUAUCUCAAGCUUUAUAAAUUCUUUUAAGUAAAAGGAUAGUUAUAAUUAAGAAACUGGAUUUCAGCCAUUUUCAGUCUAUAGACACAGCACCUAGCCAGGUGGUCUCUAGGUCUAGAGGGGAAGGCAGUUGCUCCUGUAUCCUGGCUUUUCUGGUGCUAUUAGUCACAUAUGUCUACUAAGACCCAUUUGCAGGUAGAGUCCAUAAUCGUAUCUGUUGUUUAUGAUCUACCUAAUAUUUCAAUGAGAAGAAAAGAACUAACCUUCAUUGUAACCAACAUCAAAUAAUAGGUCCUAUCCUUAAUGACAGUUCAAAACCUUGAGGUCACUUCUGACAUGCCAGUCCCAUACUGUUACAGCAGCUGUCUUGCAUUUGUGUAAGUUGUUUAACUCAGAGGUACUGAGACCAAAGCUGAGCUGCUUCAAGUCUUUCAGCUUCAUUCUUUGUCAUAAUUGCACUUCUGACCGGCCAAACGUGGCCACAAAGGCGAGAUUUGAAUCCAUCACCAAUGUAUGAAUAAUAACCUCGAGCCCAUGUCUGGUUUUUGAACUCCUGGUAACAAUUCUUGCCAUUGUGGAAAGUGUCCCCUUAAUUCAAAUAAAAGUCUUAUAAUUUA